CUUCGCGGGCUGCUGUCAAGUUAAAUCCCAGGGUGCGGAAGUGGCUUCGUGGUGCCGCCUUUACCUGCUCAGAAAUAAGCCGCAAUUUCACACCGAAAGCUAGGCUUUCGAUAGGUAUGGAAGGGCAGCAGGAGCGAGGAAGCCAUGCAACCCUAGCACUGGCCCAGGCCCACUUCGAGAGGGGCGAGUACGCGGAGGCAGAGGCGCUGUACUCCGCCUACAUUGGCCAGUGCGCCCCUGCGGCCACCGUCGGCGCGAGUCCCGGGAGCAAAUGCAGCCCUGAGGAUUUGGCUACUGCAUAUAACAACAGGGGGCAAAUCAAGUACUUCAGGGUUGAUUUUUAUGAAGCCAUGGAUGACUACACAUCUGCCAUAGAAGUCCAACCCAAUUUUGAAGUUCCAUAUUACAACAGAGGGUUGAUAUUGUAUAGGCUGGGAUAUUUUGAUGAUGCUUUGGAAGAUUUCAAGAAAGUAUUAGACUUAAAUCCUGGAUUUCAAGAUGCUACUUUGAGCUUAAAACAGACUAUUCUAGACAAAGAAGAAAAACAAAGAAGAAAUAUUGAAAAAAAAGAUGGAAAUCUUUUAUGUAACUGAAAUAUUAAUUUAUGAUCCUAACACCUACAUCUAGUUGUCUCUAAUUUAAAAUAGAUAUUAGACUAUUUUGAUUUGUAUUUAAGACAGAGAUUCAUACAUUAACACUGAAAAUUAAAUAUGUGUCUAUAGUAGUUAAUUUCAGGUUGAAUAGGUAUACUUUUUAUAAGACGUACAUAAGUAUUAUCAAUGUAUAAGGAUACUCGUACAGUAAAAUAUUUAAAAAUUUUACAUCUACAAAGUUGAAAGUAUAGUACCAUAAAUGUCUAUAAACUCUU